AUGGACAUCCCUGAUGAUCCUGGGAUUCCCAUCCUCGACACAUUGAUGAUUAUUGUGAUGAUCCUCUUUGUGCUUGAGAUGAUCAUCAACGGCAUUGUUGAUUACAAGACCUACCCAUGGUCCUUCUUCUUCAUCAUGGACGGUGUGGGCACCGUUUCGAUGAUCUUCGAGAUCUCCACCCUGCUGGGAACUGGUGGGAAGAUGCAAGUUGCCACCGGGUCAGUCGAUGCGAUGCUUAUUCGCACUGCACGAGCAGCAAAGGUAGGAGCGCGAGUCGGCCGUUUGUCGAAGCUUAUGAAGUGCAUCAGCUACUACCUGAAGGACAAGGACAAGAGGCUUGAAGAGUCGGCAAACCCGGCCGAGGCCAAGAAGCUCUCGGGCCGUUUGAAGGUCACCCUUUCCACCAAGGCAUGGCCGGACGCGGGAACAGGUGGCGUGGGGGGGGCACGGGGGGCGCAGCAUUGCAGCCUGAUGGGUGAGCAGGUUUCCUUGCUCACCAUCUUGCUGGUGCUGGCCAUACCCUUGUUCUCCAUUGCCCAGUACCCCGAGCAGGACUUGGACCUCUCCAUGACGGUUUAUGCGAACAUGUUGGAGACCAAUUACGAGCGUGGCUACAACGAGCUGGUGGCCGAUUCAUCGAAGAACACCACGUCACUCUUCCAGGAGAGGGGGACAAGACUCACAGAUUCGGUGACAGAGAUGAUGACCUUCUAUGCCAGUGGGACUGCGAACUAUUUCCCCUAUCAAAUUGACGGCUUUGCAGAAGAGGUCACCUUGCCCGAUCAGAGGGAGGUCACGAUCCCGGGCACCUCGCUGCUGGCGAACCAAGCAUCUCCAAGACAGCUCUCAGACGUGUACCGCAUUACGCUAGUUUUCCAAAUUUUUUAUCCAGGUCCCGGCUUCCUGUACUUCAACUUCUACAGCCCGCGCCGUAUCGAAGUGGCCUUGGACAUGGGCCUAGCUGCCUUCAUUAUCCUGCUCAUGAUCUUUGUGUCGGCGAAUUUGAACCAAACGUUGCACAAGCUUGUUGUGCAACCCAUGGAAAGCAUGCUCUCCGUGGUCAAAGACAAUGCCUCCCAGCUCCUGAAACAGUUCGGUUUGGAAGAUGGCAUGGAGGCGGAUGAAGAUCUGGAAGAGACGGAACUCCUGGAGGGCAUUUUCAAGAAGUUCGCUCGCCUGGCGAGCCUGGCCGCCGGCCGCAACGAAGCGACGGCGGAGGAGCUGGCAGGUAUGGAUGAGUCAGCACGAGGAGUGAUGAUGGAAAUGAUGAAUGUUCAGGCUUCAGCAGCAGGGACGUGGCUGUUCGUGGCUGGAGUGAAUCUGCUAGAGAGUGAGAGUGCCUACUCUGCUCCGACAGGAUCAGAAGGUGCAGAAGAAGCAAACCAAGUCACUGCAUUGGUGGAAUUGCCGGAUGUUCCAGUGAUUGCAUCUCUUCCAGUGACGAGGGACCUCAUCGAAUCGUGGGACUUAGAUGUCCUUGACUUGGACACGGAGGGUCAGACCAAGGCCGGUGUACCCGAGAGGAGUGGCGGCCGGUUCGACGUCCGCGUCGAGACGAGGGACGGCGACGCCUCCCUCGUUUGGUCUUCGCUUCUUCGGGUUGUGGCGAUUCACAUCUUCUUCGACUCGACGAUUGGAAAGACGACUGGACGCUACUGGUCAGAGGCGUUGACAUUCAAGAGGUUUGAGAAAGUGGUGAAAGCAGGCUACAACAAUCUGCCCUACCACAACUACACUCACGCCUGUGAUGUCCUUCACACCGUCUACCGCAUGAUAUGUUUGACUUCAGCGCGGACUUGGCUGGGCAGUGUGGAUAUCUAUGCUUUGCUAGUGGCUGCCCUUUGCCACGACAUAGGGCAUCACGGACGGACCAACCCAUUCCUCGUUGAGUUGGGCGAUGAACUGGCCCUCCGUUACAACGACAAGUCGCCACUGGAGAAUAUGCACUGCGCCAAGCUCUUUGAGAUUGCAUCUAACCAGGAGACCGAUGUCUUCAAGCAGAUGGACAAAGAAACCAAGAAGCAAGCUAGGCGGAUCUGUAUCGCUGCGAUCUUGCACACCGACAACGUCAACCACUUUGAGAUGGUCCGUGAGAUCAGCAAGAUCUACGAAAUGGCAUCUGACCUCUGCGAGUUGCAAGCAAGCCAGCCUGACCUACUUCCCCAGUACACGGAGCAGGUGAUGCAGAAGAACGCCCUCCAAUGGAUGGAGCUCUUCCUGCAUUUUGCUGAUGUGUCCAACCCUCUGAAGCCUUUCCCAGCUGGAGCCUCGGGUUUGCCGUCGAACCUCGAGAACGAAUUCAGGUAUACAUAUAUAAUAAUGUACAUAUACAUAUAUAUGCUACCCCCCAAAAAGAACCAACGUUUUCAGACAAAUUUCUUGCUUGUAUGUAUGUGA